AAUGUCGCCAAAGGGACCGUCCAGACCGGCGUGGACACCACCAAGACCGUGCUGACCAGCACCAAGAAUACAGUCUGCAGUGGGGUGACCGGUGCCGCGAAUGUGGCCAAAGGCGCCGUCCAGGGGGGCCUGGACACCACCAAGUCUGUCCUGACUGGCAGUAAAGACGCUGUGUCCACUGGGCUCACAGGUGCUGUGAACUUGGCCAAAGGGACUGUCCAGACCGGUGUGGACACCACCAAGACGGUCCUAACUGGUACCAAGGACACCGUCUGCAGCGGAAUCACUGGUGCUGUGAAUGUGGCCAGAGGGGCCGUCCAGACCGGCGUGGACACCACCAAGACGGUCCUAACCAGUACCAAGGACACCGUCUGCAGUGGAGUCCCUGGUGCUGUGAAUGUGGGCAAAGGGACCGUUCAGACAGGUGUGGACACAGCCAAGACGGUGCUGAGUGGCACUAAGGAUGCAGUGACUACUGGAGUCGUGGGGGCAGUGAAUGUGGCCAAAGGAACCAUGCAGGCCGGCGUGGACACCUCCAAGGCUGUGCUAACGGGUACCAGGGACACCGUCUGCAGUGGGGUGACCGGUGCCAUGAGCAUGGCCAAAGGGGCCGUCCAGGGGGGCCUGGACACCACCAAGGCAGUGCUGACUGGAACCAAAGACGCAGCAUCUGCUGGGCUCAUGGGGUCAGGGAACGUGGCAACAGGGGCCAUCCACACUGGCCUCAGCACCUUCCAGAAUUGGUUACCUAGUACCCAGGCCACCUCCUGGGGUGGACUCGCCAGUUCCAGGACCACAGACAAUGGUGGGGAGCAGACUGCCCUGAGCCCCCGAGAGGCCCCGUUCGCUGGCGUCUCCAGGCCCCCAGAUACGCUCAGUGUAGGCCUGGAGCCUGCCUGGGAAGCCACAGCCACAACCAAGAGCCUUGCGACUGACGUGGCCACGUUCACCCAAGGGGUCGCCCUGGGCAGGGAGGACAUGGGGCCCUUGGCCACCACACACAGCCCCAAAGAAGCCCCACGCUUGGCAAUGCUGCAGAAUGAGUUGGAGGGACUGGGGGACAUGUUCCACCCCAUGAAUGUGGAGGAGCAAGCUCAGCUGGCUGCCUCCCAGCCCGGGCCGAAGGUGCUGUCAGCGGAGCAGGGGAGCUACUUCGUUCGUUUAGGUGACCUGGGUCCCAGCUUCCGCCAGCGGGCAUUUGAACACACGGUGAGCCACCUGCAGCAUGGCCAGUUCCAAGCCAGAGACACUCUGGCCCAGCUCCAGGAUUGCUUCAAGCUGAUUGAAGAGGCCCAGCAGGCUCCAGAGGGGCAGCCGUGCCUGGACCAGGGCUCAGGUGCCAGUGUAGAGGAUGCUGCCGUCCAGGAGGAGCGGGACGCCGGGGCACUGUCCAGGGUCUGCGGCCUUCUCCAGCAGCUGCACACGGCCUACAGUGGCCUGGCCUCCAGCCUCCAGGGCCUGCCCGCCGAGCUCCAGCAGCCGGUGAAGCAGGCGCGGCGCAGCCUCUGUGAGCUCUAUGGCGUUGUGGCCUCGGCUGGGUCUGUAGAGGCACUGCCCGCAGAGCAGCUGGUGCAGUGCCGUGAGGGUGUGCACCAGGCGUGGCAGGGGCUAGAGCAGCUGCUGGAGGGCCUACAGCACAACCCCCCGCUCAGCUGGCUGGUAGGGCCCUUCGCCUUGCCCCCCGGCGGGCAGCAGCUGUAGGGUCGCCCUGCUCUGCCCAGGGAGGAGCUGCCUCAGAACCUUCUCUCCAGCCCCAAACCUGGAUCGGUUUCCUGAAGCCCUAGACCUUUGGGGCUGCAGCUGGCUGAGCACUGAGGGGCUGCGGAGGCAGUGACCUUCUGAGCGGA